UCAGAGCUCAAACUAGUUUCAUUUCUUAGAAAGUCAAACUCUGACGGUCGUUGUCUCUGAGAGCUGAAAUGGCACAGAAAGGGAUUCAGCUGGAUCAGGAAACCUUCUCUUGUUCCAUCUGUCUGGAUCUACUGAAGGAUCCGGUGACUGUUUCCUGUGGACACAGCUACUGCAUGAAGUGUCUUCAAACCCACUGGAAUACAGAGGAUGAGAAGAAAGUCUACAGCUGCCCUCAGUGCAGGCAGACCUUCACACCGAGGCCUGUGCUGCUGAAAAACACCAUGUUAGCAGUUUUAGUGGAGGAGCUGAAGAAGAGCGGACUCCAAGCUGCUCCUGCUGAUCACUGCUAUGCUGGAGCUGAAGAUGUGGCCUGUGAUGUCUGCACCGGGAGGAAACUGAAAGCUCAAAAGUCCUGUCUGCAAUGUCUGGCCUCUUACUGUCAGAAUCACCUUCAGCCUCAUUUUGAAGUAGCUCCUUUAAAGAAACACAAGCUGGUGGAGCCGUCCAAGAAGCUCCAGGAGAACGUCUGCUCUCAUCAUGAUGAGGUGAUGAAGAUGUUCUGUCGCACUGAUCAGCAGUCUAUCUGUACCAUCUGUUUAUUAGACGAGCAUAAAGGCCGCGACACGGUCUCAGCUGCAGCAGAGAGGGCCAAGAGGCAGAGAGAGCUGGAGGUGAAUCGACAAAAGAUCCAGCAGAGAAUCGAGGACAGAGAGAAAGAUGUGAAGCUGCUUCAACAGGAAGCAGAGGCCAUCAAUUGCUCUGCUGAUAAAGCAGUGGAGGACAGCCAGAAGAUCUUCACCCAGCUGAUCCGUCUCAUGAAGAAACAAUGCUCCGAUGUGACCCAGCAGGUCCGAUCCAAGCAGGAAAGUGAAGUGGGUCGAGUCAAAGAGCUGGAGGAGAAGCUGAGGCAGGAGAUCGCUGAGCUGAAGAGGAAAGACGGCGAGCUGCAGACGCUGUCACAAACACAGGAUCACAACCAGUUUCUACACGACUACCCCUCACUGUCAGCACUCAGCCAACCUACACGCUCAUCCAGCAUCCAUAUCCGUCCUCUGAGGUACUUUGAAGACGUGACAGUGGCUGUGUCAGCAGUCAGAGAUAAACUACAGGACGUCCUGACAGAGACAUGGACAAACAUCUCACUCACAGUGACUGAAGUGGAUGUUUUACUGCCACAACCAGAGCCCAAGACCAGAGAGGGGUUCAUCAAAUAUUCAUGUGACAUCACACUGGAUCCAAACACAGCACACAGAAAGCUGAUAUUAUCUGAUGGGAACAGAGAAGCAAAAAGGACGAGACAACAGUCUUAUCGUAGUCACCCAGACAGAUUCACUACAUGGUUUCAGGUCCUGAGUCGAGAGAGUCUGACUGGACGUUGUUACUGGGAGGUGGAGAGGAGCGGAAGAGUUUAUGUAGCAGUCGCAUACAAGAAUAUCAGCAGAACAGGGAACUGGAAUGAGGGUAGAUUUGGAUACAAUGACAAAUCUUGGGCAUUGGAUUGUGAUGACAGUGGUUAUGACUUUUGGUACAAUGAUGUCCAGACUCGUGUCUCUGGUCCUCUGUCCUCCAGAGUGGGAGUGUACCUGGAUCACAGAGCAGGUAUUCUGUCCUUCUACAGCAUCUCUGAGACCAUGACUCUCCUCCACAGAGUCCACACCACAUUCACUCAGCCUCUACAUGCUGGACUUCAUGUUAUUGGCACAGCUGAGCUGUGUAAGCUGAAGUAGACAGAAGUCAUUUAAAGGAAAAGUGGGUUCACUUCUGUGUUUGAAUCCUUCAGCUUGAUUUUUCUUCAUGUUUGUUGCUGAGAGCUGAUUGGACCUCAUUCACCAAGCGUUCUUACUCACAAACUUGUUCUUCUAACCCACUUCAGGCUCAUUUAUGCUACAGUUGAAAAAAAAAAAAACAUCUGAGUGUUUUAAACCAUACAACUGGCAUUGCUCAUACAGGUUUGUACUUUCUAAUAUUUCACAGUUGAACACUAAUGAUUGGCUGAUUGAUGUGACCUUUAUUUCAAUCAUAUCUUACUCAAAACCAGAUGACUUUAUUACCAAACACAAUCUACUGGAUGGCCAAGCAAACAGAUUUAGAAAUAACACGACAUUUUCAAUGGCUCUCAUGGAAUUUUGUAGAGGAAAUAACAUCAGACACUUAAAACAAGGAAAAUGCUGCAUGAAUCUGACACAAUAGGUCAUCAAUUAUUAAUAAUAAAACUUCAGAAAUAUGGAAUAAGAGCAGUAGCACUCACUUGGCUCAUGCUUACUUAGACCAUAAUUCAAUAUGUUCAUAUCAAUCAAGUUUAUUCAGAACUGCUACAGGUUCAGUGCUGGGACCAUUACGCUUCAUUUAGUAAAUUAAUAUAUGUGAAUGUUCUUUAUACUGACACUAUUUCUAUUUGCUUAUGAUACAGAUUUACUUUAUUGCAGUGACAAAAUGAUAAAUGGGUUUUGUGAAUAAAUCAGUUUAUAUUGAUGGUGAUUUUGAAAUGUUAUUGAUCAAUAUUUUAUUCUUGCGGGUCUUCAGAGGCUCAGGUUUUCUUAGAUAUAAGUAGGGGGGCUCCAGGUAAAAAGCUUGGGAACCACUGAUUCAGGGAAAUCAAUCAAUGAAGAAACAUUUGAUUUUUCUUUUGUGUGGGUUUUUUUGUCAUCAUAACUAUUCUAUGCUUGACUCUCUUUCUGUAUA